AUGAAAUCAAGAAUAAGGAAUAUAUUGUCAAAGUUUGUGCUUCACACAAAACUAAACUCUCAAGGAGUAGCAGUUGUUUGCAAUGUGAAAAAUGAUGUUGGUUAUUUGUGGAAUGAUUAUAUUGGAUUUAUUCGCGUCGAAGGUCACAUAACACAGCAGCUAAAGCCGUUAACUGCUGUAGAAUUUCAUGCAAUGCCUUCAAAAAAAGACAGCACACCUGUUUAUUUCGUGGCUAGACAAGUUGUCGUUGAUUCUGAAAUUACAUUUCAAUCUGAUGUUCUUUUGUUUAAAAGGAAUGCGGAAAUGAAAAAAAAUGGUCGAGUUCAAGUUGGAAAUUGUGAGGUCAGAUUAUUGAAUAUAGCAUGCUCAUUCCGAUCUAUUACUGGUUCAAGUGUAUCAGUUCUUUAUUAUAAAGAAUACAAUAAUAACCUUUCUGGCACUGGUAUUUAUGCCACAACAGAUAGUGAUCUUAUUGCGGGAAUUAAAGUUGCUGUAUUGCUAUUGAGUGCGCCACUUUUUGUUUCAAGCUGUAAUGGCAACAACUACUUCACUACAGAACGAUGUUCAGUAAUAGAAUCUUCGAGUGAUGAAGAAUAUGAUGAUGCGUUAGAAGAUUGUACAACUGAACAAUCGUCAUCUAAAAUUUGGCAGGAUAUUAACAUCUCGAUUCCUAUAACGAUAGAAACAGUUUUUUUAUUGCGAGCAAAAUAUGGAGCUCGAAAUCAUCAGGAUAUUUUUAUGACGAUUUCUGAUAAUGAUACAGACUACUCAUUUACUGGCAGCAAUAUAGAUCAUACGAGUAUGAACGAAAAUGAUGAUUUGAUCGAUAUUACUGGUAAUGAUACAGACGAUUCAAUCCUUGAGAGAAAAAUCGAAUAUAUGAAUUCAGACGAAGGCAAUUUGUUACAGGAUAUCAAAAUCCUUACAUCUGAUAGUGAUGCGGAAGACUUAUUUGUUGAGAGCAAAACCGAUGUAGUUUAUUCAGACGAAACCGAUGGUAUUGAGAUUCCUAUCUUCGAAGGGGAUGAAGACGAAUUAUCUUCUGGAGGCAGAAUCGAAUCUGUGAAUUCAAACAAAGAUGACGAUAUUGAAGACCCUAAUUCUCAAAGUAGUGCAGACGUCCCAUUUAUUGGAAGUGAAAUAAAAUGUAUGGAUCUCAAUAAAGAUGAUGUUAGUAAGUUAUGGUCACUUUCGGGGAAGCGACUUCAAAAUAAAAUAGAAAGUUAUGAAGAAGAUUCAUCGGAUGAAAGUUAUUUGAAAAUAAUGAAUUCAUCAAGCGAAGGGACUAGUUCAGAUGAGAUGGACCAUAUUGAUAUUUUAAGGGCUUGUGAACUAGCAACUGGAAUUAAUAAUAUUUGUCAUGAUGAUAUGUGGGAUAACCAAUUAAAAAAACAAAUGGUUUUCAAAGCUGAAAAAAUGCAACUUCAAAAUGUGAAAAUUAUAUUUCUUCUUUAUGCUCACAAAAUGCUGGUCUUCAAAUUUUUUGCUGCAUUGAUCAAGAGUGCAAUUCAGAGAUUUUUCAACAAUGCAAUUCUCAAUAAACAGUUGAAUCUCGCUAGUCGAAGUGAGUUGUCCAGCAGUGAUGCAAAUAACGAGAAGCAAAUCGCUGACGAGAUUCAGUCACAACUGGCAGAAAAAUCCAGUUUCGAUACUAAUUUCAAUGAAAGUCCUAUGAACGAAAUAAAGUCCGAUGCCAUGUGGAUUGAAGAAGUCGACCAACUCUGUAUUGAUAUACUUUCUAAUAGUCGGUUUCGUAAUUUUGUAAGUGUGAAUAAGGAAGGGAAUAAAGUCCUUUCUGAGAUAAUGAAAUAUGUGACUCGCCGAAUAACAUCAAAUGAAAUUGCUGCGGAGCUUGGAAUUCCAAUCUCUGAAGUAACGCCCAAAUGUUUUAAUGCCAUUUUUAAACGAAAGGCAGCUGAGCUUUGUCGUAAAUUCUCAGGAAUGGUUGGCUUUCAACGAAUUACCGAUCGUCAGAUCCCGAAUUUAGCUUGA